AUAUAUAUAUAUAAAGCAAAUAUCCCUAGUAGGACACAAAAGGAAUUUAACUUUUUUAUUUCACAGGGGAUGAUGACGAUGAUGGAAGGCUCCUCCAUACCUCCUUUGCUUAUCCGCAACCUCAUAUCCUCCAUUUUUAUCUUCGCAGACAAAUCCCUCUUGAACUUGUCCCAGAAAUCCAAGCUCCUCCAGCUCAUACGCUGCGUUUUGGUGAAUUCCUUCCUCUUCUUCCUGCGCUUGCUCCCUCCUUUAAACCCUAGCGACGACGACGUUCCCUAUCGAAAGGGUCACAAUAAGAAGUCUUCGAACAUACAUGAAUAUGAGUUUCAAAGACCGUCAAGUGUUGCCGUCGCUAAUACUGGUAGCGGCGGCAGCACUGGCUCAGCUAUCGGCCGAGCGCUUUCGCAGCUCUUGUCGCUCAUGAACGACAUCCCCGUGAGCUCCAGCAAGUACCAAGUUGUUCGGUCUUUAGCGGAGACCCUCAUCGAGGAUAACCAUAAAGAGGGCGUAGAGGCUUUGCGUCAAGUCAACCGUACGGUUCUCUCCUCGGCUUUUUCCCGAACACUUGGGCAGCUGGAAGCCGCCGCCGCUCUCGAACAACAAGUAUCCCGCGGCGUCGGUGAUGGCGGCGAUUUGGUGGGGCCCGCUCGGCCGGCGGAGUACCGGUUGAGCCGGGUUCUGCGGGCGGUUCGGUCGAUUGGCGACGUGGCGUGGCUGGGGGCAGCGAGGGCUAGUGGGUCGAGGAGCUCGGCGGAGAAGCUGGCGGCUGAGGUGCUUUGGCUGGCGGAGAAGUUGGCGGCCUGUGGAUAUGGGGAUGAAGCUGUGGUGAGAUGGGCUUCAGCUUCUAAUUUGGCUUGGCUCUCUGUUUCGGUUGAGCCAAGCUUACAAGCUUCCUUGGUCAAGGUUUCGGCAUUAUUGUUCAAGCAUGCCAAAGAUAUGGGAAUGGAUGCAGCUGAUGAUGAUGAAAGCAAAGAGCAACAAAAGCAAAGAAAGAUGCAGAUGCUAAUGUCGUGGCUGCCAUUGCUAUGCAGAGCCAGCAACGGUACCGACGUCCCGGUUUUGAGCAUUCGGGAGAGGGCUGAGCUGGAGAGAGUGUUGGAAGAUACCAUAGAGAUGCUGGAGAAGGAAGAAGAUCAAGAGAAAGUGUUAUCCUUGUGGCUCCACCACUUCACAUAUUGCUCCUCCUCUGAUUGGCCCAAUCUCCAUGCCUCCUAUGCCCGCUGGUGCAAUGCUUCCCGGAAGCUCUUGCUUCACCACCAUGAUAUAUAAUCUAACAAUUUAUUAGUAUAGUUGUAUAUUGAUAAUGCCUAUUAUAUAUGUGUAUUUCUCUUAUUAAAUGGCAGUGAUAAGAAAGAGGGAGGCCCCGGGGUAGAGUUGGAAUUAAUGCAACCCAAGUGUACGAAAAUAUUUAUUUAUUUAUUUCGUGUAUGGAAAUACUUUGUAAACAAAGAAGUUUAUGCAUGUAUGUUCUUCAAAAUAGAAAAAGUCUUAAUAUUCCUUGCGUA